AUGGAAGCGCUCCAGAGACUCAAAGAGUUAAGCUUCGGACACAGAGAGAAAAUCAGAAAAGUACAGUCGGAAUCGCAAAACAGCAGCUCUGGCAGCUGGCUAAGAAGACUAAAGCUUGGCAAGUCGAAAGGGCGAAAGUCGCUGCCGCCACUCCAGUCAUUUACAGAACACGAGCCGCAAAACAGCCCUACUUCCAGAAACGCAUGGUUCAGAUCAAGCCAAUCAACCACCUAUCAUCCGCAGUGGUCAGCCUCGACGCCGUCCAGAACGAGUCUCCCGCAUCGAGGAGGAGGAGCAGCGCCUCCUCCUCCCCUUCAUCAUUCUUCCCAGUGGCCUUUGUCGGAUAGUGUGACCGACGAAAAUGUUGAAACUUGGGUAAACUCCUCGCUGGUGCAGUGUCCUUCGUGUACUCAAAGCUCAAUGAGAAGCUCGCUUUCGACCGACACGGUCGAAGACCGCCGCAACGAACUGAUAAAAGUGCGAAACUCGAAAUUGCUUUGCAAAGAAGAAGCUACUUUGACAGAAAAUGAGAAAAUUAUCCGCCGCUCGCUCGAAAAAGUGAAUUCGUGGCUGAAAGAGUUGCCAAAUACGUUCGACCCAGUGACAGUUCCAGAAAACGAAACCCAAAAAGCCGCGGCUCGAGGUUUGCACGGACACUACUUCAAGGACCACCGCGUUUGA